GAGAGGCAUGGGGAGCACGCGGGGGUACAGGAGGCAGCAUGCAGGGCGCUGGCAUCUAUAGCUUUCUGUUUUUCUUUUCAAGUUGAGGUUGUGAAUGCAGGAGCCAUUCAUGUGGCCGUCGGGGCGAUGGAGAGGCACGGGGAGCACGCGGGGGUACAGGAGGCAGCGUGCGAGGGAAUUGUUUCUUGGACGUUUUAUUUUUGUGAACAUCAGUUGAAGGCCGGGGAGGCAGGGGGGAUCGAGGCUUCCGUCAAAGUAAUGGAGAGGCACGGGGAGCACGCGGGGGUACAGGAGGCAGCAUGCAGGGCGCUGGCGAGCAUGUGCUUUUAUGUUUUGGCAAACAGAGUCAAGGCCGGGGAGGCAGGGGCAGUAGAGGCAGCAGUCGGGGCGAUGGAGAGGCACGGGGAGCACGCGGGGGUACAGGAGGCAGCAUGUUGGGCGCUGGCGAGCAUGACGGCUGGUUCCUUUGUCAAUCGCAAUCGUUUGCGUGCUUGUGGUGGUUUGGUCGUUAUCGAUCGGGCUAUUCAGUAUCACAACCUUAUAUGGUAUCAGAGAUUUCUUGAUGAGUGUAUGUUUGAGGUGUCAAUUGACAAACAGGACAUGUGA